CGAUCAUGAGCCCCAUUCACUUCCUCUAUGUUCAUGAGAACAAAGACAUUUAUACAGGUUUGUAACAUGAGAGUGAGUAAAUGAUGACAGAAUUUAAAUUUUUGGGUGAACUAUCCCUUUAAGGUUUCAAUAUGCUGGACAGCCUUGGUGUCGGGUAAUGUGCUAGAUAAGAACAUGAUUUAACAUGCUUUUUUGGUCAAAGUCCACAAAGAAGUGUCUUGACGGUGCAAGCGUUCGAAGAAUUAUGCAACAAGCGAAAGUUAGAAAAGUCUGCUCAUCUAAUUUAUCAGAAGAGCAAAAACAACAGCUCUAUGGUUUGCUGGGUUAUGUGAAAUUUACUCUUCUUUACAAAGCGUCUGUUCAUGGAUAUAAUGCUGCUGCUUUUCACCAGCGCUGUGACCGUCAGGGUCCAACUUUACUCAUGGCCUACAACAACUCGGGCUACAUUUUUGGUGGAUAUACGAGUAAAGAUUAUACUCAAAGUGGGCAGUAUGUUACUGAAGAGGAGGCUUUCCUGUUUAGUUUUAAGGGUAAAACCUUUGUAAGCAUCAAAGUUAACAGUGGAUAUGAUGCACGUUAUGAUGACUCCGGGGUGCCCAACUUUGGCCAGUUGUACUUUUGCUAUAACAACCAACCAACUGUGUCUAAUCAAGGUGGUAAUGCAUUCAGUUUUAAUUCUGAUACAUUAUAUGGAAACAACACUCAUCUCAAUGAAUUGGAGGUGUACAAAGUGGAGGAAAUCUCUCAAGGCAGUGUUGAGGAGACACCAUGGAGGAAUGUGUUGUGGACAGCUGAGCGAAGAGAAGAGCUUGUGAAAAUAAUCAAAGAUCAUAAACCCCUGGCGUCAUCUGUGAACCGAGUUCGAAUCCUAAUGAUCGGUCCUGUAGGUGCUGGAAAAUCCAGUUUUUUCAACUCCAUCAACUCCAUCUUCACAGGUCAUGUGACCAACAAAGCCAUCGCAGGAUCUUCAAGCACCAGCCUCACCACACAGUUUCGCACAUAUCCACUGAAAGAUGGGCGUGAGGGAAAGCCAUUGCCAUUUGUGUUGUGUGACACUAUGGGACUGGAGGAGCAGACAGGUGCAGGUCUGGAUAUUGAGGACAUCAGCAGCAUUCUUCAGGGUCUCAUACCAGACCGAUAUAAAUUCAAUCCUGUAGCACCAUUUGAACCCAAUGAGCAAAAGUCCUCCAGACCUUCAUCUCUACAGGAGAAGAUCCACUGUGUGGUGUUUGUGAUAGAUGUCACCAAAAUCUCCCUCAUGUCCAGCAAACUGGAGGACAAAUUUUUUGCUAUUCGAAGAAAGUUGAACUCACUAGGUGUUCCUCAGAUCGUCUUGAUGACUAAAGUAGAUGAGGCGUGUUCUUUGGUGGAGGAGGAUCUUCGAAGUGUUUACGUCAGCUCCUACAUUAAGUCAAAGGUACAGGAGGUCAGCUCUCGACUGGGUGUUCCUGUGUCUUGUGUGUUACCUGUGAAGAACUACAGUCAGGAGCUUGAACUGAACCCCAACUGUGAUCUCCUGCUUCUCACCGCUGUACAGCAGAUGCUUCGCCUUGCAGACGACUACUUUGAUGAUAUCAGUCCAACGGAGGGCAAGCCAUGAUAAAUAACUGGGUGAUUCUCACGAAACCAUUGAAACACCAUGGCACUAAUGAUUUUAGCUUUAAAAUGUGUAAUAUAGUAACAUUAAAAAGCAUCAGAAUUAACACAAUACUGUGUUCUACCUUGCACAAUGUGUGAUUUCAACAUAAGAAUUUAUAAUUGUACAUUUUAUCUCAUUUUCUGCUGAAAUUCUCAUUACCGCAAUGUGUCCGGCUGUGUUUGAACAUGCGUUAUGUUGUAAUUUAAUCAAAUUAACACAAAAAUAUUAAGAAAAAAAUAAAUGGAUGUUUUGCUAGACUACUUUAGAUGACAGAAAAAAUAUUUACUGAAUAUUCAUGUAUAAUAAUAAUGAAGAAAAAUUAGGAAAAUGCUGUGUCCAUGUCUGAUGUUCUCAUCCUCCGCAACACUUUUUGAGAACAGUUUAAGCACACAUACAGAAUUUUAAUAAAGUUUGAUUUUGAGUGACCAAGCACAUGGACCAGUUACUUCAAGAUGGCUACCAGGUAAGAUCAUUUUUUUACAGUUAAUUUGAAAUAUUGUCUUGUCAGAAUGCUUACACGACAUUUUGAUUAUCAUUACCGCAACAGAUGCUUAUUAAAUGUUAAUUUAAUUAAUAGAAGCAUAAUACUUUGAUUUUAAAUGCAUGUGCAGAAUCUCCAAAUUAUGUUCUUUCAGGUUUGUCAUGUCAUUUUGAAAAUAUGUCAGUGUUGAUGUUUUCUGACUGUUGCGGUAAUGAGAUUUUUAGGACUAAUUUUUUAAAUUAUGUUACAAAAAGUGUUAAAUGAUGAGUAAAAGUUCUUAAAUUAAUGUUCCCAUUUACUCCAGACUUUGUUUUUCAAUGUCUGGUGGGAAAAAAAGUAAAUUUAAGCAAUUUUUACAUUUUCAUGCUUGACAUGUUUAAAACCAAGUUUUCGUGAGAAUCACCCAACUACUGUUACGUUUUUCUUAGUUCUUACAGCUGAAAGCAGAUUUAUUUUCUUUGCAGCAUUUUUAGUAUUGGACAAUAGGCUUGUCUGUUCUGUCUCUUUUCUCAUUCAUAUCCAUUUAAGACAUCUGUGAGAAACAUUAAAAGUAAGAUCACUUAAGCAUCAUGUUACGUACAGGAUGAUAAUCAUAGUUGCUUUAUUUAGUUGCUUUUUAUAAACACAUACUGUAAUCCCAGUCCUGCAUCCCUCAUUCAUAAUACACAUGUAUCACUGCGCUAUACUCAUGGCUAAUCGUUUUUUUUUUUUUUUUUGCAACAUUCGGGUACAGUGUCUUCUAAUGAAUGUGUGACAUUAAAUGUUUCAAUAAAAAAAAGAAAUGUAUGUCUUAAUAUUUGUGUGGCAACUAUUUUAUAAUAGCAACAAUGCACUGGAGGGAGAGCCAUAUUGUGGCGAUUUCAAAAAAUAUUGCCGGUUCAUCAGAUUACUAUUUUAUUUUUGAUGGGAUGACAUAUUUGUGUAGUUCAACCCCGGAAGUUAGCGGGACACUGGUCCACAAAUUUCUUUGCUAAAAAUAC